CGAGGUUUCCAUUCAUUUGACUAAAUGCCACGUCUGAGAACGAAUAGACACUUUUGAGAUCUUCUGUUGGGAAUAAUUUAUCUGAUAAACCGUUAUCACUGACCCGCAACAUUGCAGACUGUCUAUCCUGUGCAUAAUUACAGCAGACAGGUGAGAUGAUGGCCCAUGGACGUCUGCUAGCACUGUUCACAGGAGCGGUGCUGUUGCUAGCCGCCCAGCUAACUGUUGCUCACAGUCACUCUCAUGACCAUGGGCAUGCACAUUCGCAUGGGGGUGGCGGUUGCCAUGGUCAUUCCCAUGGUGGUCAGAAGCUGCACCAGGGGGCGAGCAAGUGGAGUGCUGAGGCCAACCUGCCCCCAGCAGAGGAGUCGCACCACGGUCACGCACAUGACCACGGACAUGGUCACGCACAUGACCACGGACAUGACCACGCCCAUGACCAUGGUCAUGGUCAUGCUCACGGACAUGACCACGCCCAUGACCAUGGUCAUGCUCAUGAGCACAAGGAGGAGAGUGGACACGGGCACACCCAAGGAGGGGAGAGGGUGAAGAGGCAGGUGGAGGGAGAGAAGAGGGACAUAGUGGAGCUCUGGAUGCAGGCCAUCGGUGCCACUCUGCUGAUCAGUGCUGCUCCCUUCCUCAUCCUUUUCCUGAUCCCGGUCCAGUCCAAUACAGACCAGCACCAGAACCUCUUGAAGGUGCUGCUGAGCUUCGCCUCUGGUGGCCUGCUGGGAGACGCCUUUCUGCACCUCAUCCCUCACGCCCUGGAGCCUCACACUAACCAUGGAGACGAGGGACAAGGCCACUCUGACAGUGAAGAAUCACAGUAUCAUGGCCACUCACAUGGUGCUGCCCAUGGUCACAUGAUGUCAGUAGGGCUGUGGGUUCUCGGUGGAAUCGUGGCCUUCCUGAUGGUGGAGAAAUUUGUACGCCUCCUGAAGGGUGGACACGGACACUCCCACUCUCAGGCUGCUCCUAAGGCAAAGGAGAGUGACGGGGAGAAAAAGGAGGGUGAGAAAGAUUUAAAAGAAAACAAAGAUGAGAAGACUCCAAAAGAAGUGGAGGAGAAAACUACAGACAUCAAGGUGUCGGGCUACCUGAACCUGGCUGCUGACUUCACGCACAAUUUCACUGACGGGCUGGCCAUCGGGGCAUCGUUCCUGGUGGGCCCAGCAGUAGGCACAGUCACCACUCUCACCAUCCUGCUGCACGAGGUGCCCCACGAGAUUGGCGACUUUGCCAUCCUGGUCCAGUCUGGCUGCACCAAGAAGAAGGCUAUGUGUCUACAGCUGCUGACAGCCUUGGGGGCUCUUGCUGGCACAGCCUGCUCCCUAUUGGCUGAGGGGGUGGGUGCGGCCGCCACAGCCUGGAUCCUACCAUUCACUGCGGGUGGCUUUGUGUACAUUGCCACGGUGACGGUUCUGCCUGAGCUGCUGGUUGGCCGCUCCAGUCUGGGCCAAUCGGUGAUGGAGAUCCUAGCGAUGCUGGUUGGAAUUUACAUGAUGGUGCUAAUCGCAGAGUAUGAGUGAGACAGCGAGUCAUCAAAAAGUAAGGGCGGUAGAGUGAGGGAGGGAUUUAGAGGAGGAGCAGAAACCGAAUGUGAGAGAUGGAUUUAUACGAUUGGAGGGAAAGAUACUGAUGGAGUUUAAAGGAGAGGGUGAGAAGAUAAGUGACAGACAUGGCUUUCACAGGACUGGACUAGGUUCCAAAGGGGACUUGAAAGGGGAGUAGCAUUUCAACACAAACCAUCUGCAGGAUGAUGAGCAAUAAAAUAUGUACUGUACAAAGUUCUCAUCAGCAUGUCUAAGUCAGAUAGGUCAUCAAACCGAGACUUAGGCAAGCUACGCAGAUGACUUGGGAGUUGUAGUUCAUCGUCCAUUUAUAAUUGCAGAGUUUAUUCCCUUUUGGUCAUAAAAAGGCUAACCAAAACAGUGUCCGUUUAAGUUGCCGUGAACUAUAGUUAAAAUUAAAAUCAAGAAUUGCAAUCAUACCAAUAUGUUUAAUGCUUACUUUUGCCUUUAAUUGUACUUGCAGAGAUCACAGAUUGAACACAAUAGAACUAGACAGAAAAGUGGUUAGGGCAUUUUCCUGGGUUUAAAUUCAGGGUUUAUUUGGAUCAGAGUAUGUUAGUCUACAACUGGAACAUUCCAAUGAAAUGAAAAGGGCAUAAUAUUAUAACGUAUAGUCCAUAAACUAGGUCCCCAAACAGCAGCCAUCUUAGAUACUUGACAUAUAUGAGGCCAAGAGGCUCCUGAAAUGUCAUCAGCUUCCGGAAUGUGACUUAUUGGGAAACAUGAAUAAGCUGCUUUAGAUGUCUACAGCACACGGCAGUUACUGACCAAGCCACUUGUUUGUAACUGUUUUCAUAACUGUUGGAUGCUUUCGAGUUGCAUGAAAAUCAUGAGUUGUACCAGUAUGUGACAAUAUCUAUAAAUGUAAUUAUUACUCAACGGGUAAGUGAUGUAAGCUGUGCUUAGAGGACCAUUGAAGUAUGAUUAGCUUUAUAGUGAAUAAAUUGCUUUAAAUGUGCCCGUCACAUGAAUUACCUUCAUAAUGUGGAAAUACAGUAAAUUCAUGUAUUUAGGGUGGACGAGCCAUUUGGAAACUGAACCGAUUAUCCAGUGACAGGAAUUGGGGAAAUAGAUACAGUCCAUCAAAACAAAACAUUUCUUCCACCCUAAUUCAUCUUAAUGUGUCUGGAAGGAAUGUUUGACCUACCUUUGAACAACUGAAUGAUGAAUCCUCUUCUACUUUUGUUUAGUGUUAAUAAGCCGCGGUAGCAGGUUUUGUUGAAUUGUAACAUUUAUUCAUUUUUAUUCACGUGUACUAUUCUUUUUUUAUUUUCUUGAAUGGGUGUCUGCUUUCCCUCCACUCUUGAAUAAUACAGUAGGCCUUAUGUGUCAUAAAGACAAUCAAUGCUGUAGCUGUAAUGUGGUUAGAAAGAGCUCCUUCACCCUAAACCAUUCUGUAUGUACACGGCUGCAUCUCUGGGCUGAUUCCAAACCAACCCCACGCUGCUAUCCCCAUUUACCUUGUUGACUUUUUUGUUAUGUAUCUGAGAUGGUUUGUAUUGUCAAUAUUGUAUAGUAAGCUGCUUUACCUAGGCAUUUGUAAUAAGUAGGUUGUUUCCAUCCAAAAUGUAUUCCUUUACAUUGCCAGUCUUAUCAGAUGCCUUAAAUUGUCAACAUUGGCUUAUAGUUGGGUGCAAUGGCUUGAUUUGGAAUCAGAGCUUUUAAUCAGAGGGACCAAGUAAAAAGGACUAAUGUUAAAGUGGUGGGUGGGAGAUUUACUAAGAGAGUAUGGUGGAAUUUGUGUUACUUUUUCUUGACUUUUCAUUAAACAAUUAAGAUUCCCUUACAAUGUUUACACUAUAUUUUACUGGGGCCCUGUUUCUCAUUAGAUAAUGCAAGAGAACAUGAAAAAUACAAGCAAUCCAAUACUUGAUUAGUUUAUAAUCCAACCUAGGCUAGAUAUGGGGGGGGGGGGGGGAUGAACAACCGAUCACAAACACAAGAUGCAGGCUAAGUGUGACCGUAUACUUAUAUAUAAUAUACAUACGCUAAGUGUACAAAACAGUAGGAACACAUUCCUAAUAUUGAGUUGCACACCCGUUUGCACUCAACCACCUCAAUUCUACAAGGUGUCGGAAGCGGUCUACAGGGAUCCUGGCCCAUGUUGACUCCAAUGAUUCCCACAUUCGUGUCAAGUUGGCUGGAUGUCCUUUGGGUGGUGGAAAAUUCUUGAUACACGUGUGAAAAUCCCAUCAGCGGUGCAGUUCUUGACAGACUCAAACCGGUGCACAUGGCAUCUAAUACUAUAUAUACCCCAUCCAAAGGCACUUGACUUUUGUCUUGCCAAUUCACCCUCUGAAUGGCACACAUACACAAUCCAUGUUUCGUGGCUUUAAAAGCCUUCUUUAACCUGUCUUCUCCCCUUCAGCUACACCGAUUGAAGUGGAUUUAGCAAGUUACAUCAAUAAGGGAGCACCGCUUUCACCUGGAUUCACCUGUCAGUCUAUGUCAUGGAAAGAGCAGGUGUUCCUAAUGUUUUGUGCACUGUGUAUGUAACUGCUCUGCUUGAAAUAUCAUAGUUAAACUUUCACGUUUACCACAAAAAUAAUGUUAAAGAAUUAAAGCAAGCCCGCAUCUUUACUUGUAAAGUCAUCGUCUAGCUUGAUCUUGUUCUUGAUUCCAUGUAUUAUUUUGAGGUGCUUUCACUGUCACGCCUAUGCUAAUAUUGUUCAAAUUCGCUAGCUAGCUAUCCAACAACUGUAACGAUGUGUUUGAGACAAGUGCUCAUUGUGCAAAUGUAUGUUUUCAAUAAACAUUGUAGACGAAAUAUAGUUACAUGUCAACAAUAUAAGCCAA